AUGGCCCUCUACGGGGCGCCCAUCUGGGCGGAGGCCCUCACCACUAGACUGCGGCCGCUUCUGCGCAGGCCACAGAAACUAAUGGCGGUGAGGGCGAUUCGGGCGUACCGAACGGUCUCCGGAGCGGCGGCAUGCGCCCUGGCUGGAACCGCACCCUGGGAGCUCCAGGCGUCCGUCCUCGAGCAGACCUACAGGUGCCGUGCGGAAGCCAGGGCACGUGGAGAGCGCCCCACACUAGAGGAGCUAGUGGGGGUUCGGCGUGCCGCCAUGACCGCCGUCCAGGCGGGGUGGGAGGAGGCACUCCGGUCGGCCAGAUACGGGGAGCGCACCGUCCAGGCGCUGCUCCCUGUACUGGCCGAUUGGAGAAAGAGGAGGCACGGGUCCCUCACCUACCGUCUUGUUCAGACUACUGAUAAGUAA